AGCUCGAUGCCAAAAAGUAACUUUCAAAAGUAGACUGAUGCGUUAGUGGUUUAUCAGGCGCGAAUUUAAGCGGGGGCCGAAAGGGCCAACCCACAGUUGUGAUGAAGUAAUUAAUUUUGUGUAAUUAAUUUCGUGAACUUUAUUAACAUGCCUAUAUCCAGUUAUAGGGCAGUCAUGUCUACCACGGACACAACCUUUGGUAUCGCCAGUGACUGGUGUUUAUCAACGGAACUAAAAUAUACAUUAAUGAAGUAGAUACUAGUAGUUUCGGUAUUUACCUUUAAAUAUGGUUAAAAUUACGACUUCUUUCAAUGUCAAGUUUCGAUGUUGUGCAUGUUCUUAAAACUAAUAAUUAUUUGCAUUCUAGCCAUCAAGAUGAUGAAAGUUAUAAUCCUCGCCUUGGCGUGUCUGUAUCUGGUGGCCUCAAAGCCAAUGGUUAGAUAUGGAUAUGGAGGUUAUGGCGGCUAUGGUGGAGGCUAUGGCGGCUAUGGCGGAGGCAAUGGCGGAGGCAAUGGCGGAAGCAAUGGCGGAGGCAAUGGUGGAGGCAAUGGUGGAGGUAAUGGCGGCUAUGGCGGAGGCUAUAGCGGCUAUGGCGGGUAUGGCGGCUAUGGCAGAGGCAAUGGCGGAAGCAAUGGUGGAGGCAAUGGCGGAGGCAAUGGUGGAGGCAAUGGCAGAGGCAACGGUGGAGGCAAUGGCGGCUAUGGCGGAGGCUAUGGCGGGCUACGGCGGAGGCUACGGCGGCGGUCAAGGUGGCGGAGGUGGAUUUGGAGGCUGGGGCGGCUCCGGAGGCUGGGGAGGUUCUUCUUACGGAUACCACUAGAUCUAAGUUGUGACGACGCUAACCGGAUAAUUUGGACUGACCUGGACACUAGAAACAUGACUGUGUGUUAAUCUGAGUUCUGUUACCACAGUUUGAAAUAAACAUUAGCAUUUUAAA